AUGGAGAAAAUACACUCAACGAAGGAGAUACCCGCGGACGAGGUGGAUGUUCAGCCAGGGCAGACCGAAGAAGCGCUUGGGCGUGAAAAUACUCAUCCCCCUGAUGCUCAUGGGGAAUAUCAACGAGCUAUUUCGCCUCGUCAAAUUCAUGUGAUUUCUCUCGGUGCCAACAUCGGAAGCGGUGUUCUCAUUGCUACUGGCAAAGGUCUAAGCAAUGCUGGUCCUCUUGGUGCCAUCUUUGCCUAUGGAAUGGUAGCAUCAGCAGUAUUUGCCGUAUUUCAAGUCCUCGGGGAGAUGACCAUCGCAUUUCCAACCUCCGGGAACUUUAUUGACUACGCGGAUCGAUUCGUCCACCCUUCCCUUGCCUUUGCCGCAGGCUUUGCUGAGUGGCUAGGAUGGUGUGCUGUUCUGGGUUCUGAAGCUGUGUUCUUCAGCUUGAUAGUCCAGCAGUGGACCGAUGCGGUCCCGGAGGCUGUAUGGAUCACCCUCUUCAUUCUAGCUACAGCAGUACUCUUCAGCUUCCCGAUCAAAUGGUUCGCUUGGUAUGAGUAUGUUACUUCGGUGGUCAAGCUCUUUGGUGUUAUUAUGUUCCUCGUGAUAGACUUUGCUAUUAUUCUCGGAGCGGGCCCCAAGGGAAGAAGACAUACAGGCGAAACCUGGCGUGAAGGACCUCUGUUCAAGAACGGGUUUGGAGGCUUCUCUAGCGCUUCUCUCCUUGCUCUCUGGGCAAUGGCUGAUCAAGUAUUUGUCAUGAUAAUGGGAGGUGAGACCACCUCCCCACGACUCGCCAUUGCGAGGGCAGCCAAGACAGUACCUGUCCGCGUUGCCACGAUCUACCUCCUUACGGUGAUCUUUGCUGGUAUCUUGGUCGACUCGGACGAUCCGCAAUUGUUCGGUGGAUCAGCGAUUGCCCAGUCACCGCACACAAUUGCCAUGGAGGCAGCUGGAAUCUAUGGAAUCGACCAAUUCCUUCGCGUCAUCAUCCUGCUCUCCGUGUUUGGAUUUGGUGCUGAAGGAAUCUACAUUGCCUCGAGAAUCCUGAGAGCCAUGUCUCAUCAGAGGCUAAUUCCAGCUUUCCUCGCGGCAAAAGUGGAUUCCCGAGGUCGGCCUCUCUGGUCUUUGGCUAUCACGGGUGCUGUUUCUAUCGCUUUGACAUAUAUCAACCUCAGCGGGACUGGAGUGACCAUCUUCACCUGGUUAUCAUCCAUCACUGCCUCAGCUUUCUUCAUUGUAUGGAUCGUCAUCUCGAUUACUUCGCUUCGGUUCCACUCAGCUCUGAAGAAGCAAAAUGACAAGCUCUUCACUGAGGUAUUUGCCUGGCGGUGCUGGUACUGGCCAGGGCCCACAAUUUGGCUGCUCACUGUGAGCCUAUUAUUGUUCAUCUGCUGCAUUUAUAGUGGACUAUACCCACUGGGAACUCAGGACGCAUCUGCGGAGAAUUUCUUCCAAUACAACAUUGGCGUUGUCGUUGUAGUCACCUUCACCAUUGCACACAAAUUCAUUUAUCGUUCCAAGAUUCGGCAUCCCACGAGUGUGGACCUGACAACGGGCCGGCGAACCCUUCAAGCGGAUGAGAUUGCUAUGUUAAGGCAGUACUAUUCUCGUCCUCCAUGGAUCAGAGCACUUGCCUAUUUCAAGUUUUGGUAGCAGAAGGCCGGCCAGGAUACCUGGG